CAAAAAAAAAAAAAAGAGAGCUGAGGUUCCUUUUUCUUCAGACUCGGAUUGCAUGUGAUGAUCUCGAAGCUGUAGUAGCAGAGUUCUUGCAAGAGAUACACACAUACACAGACAAAGACACACACACACACAAUACAGAGACACACAUCAACAUCAUGGCCGAGAAGUCAGCCGCCGGCGUCGCCGACGUAUCUCAUGAUGAGAAGACCGCCAUCGCCAGUCCAGAUCUUGAAACACCUGGUCACCACAGAGCAGUCGCCCUCAACCUCGUCGAGAACCCGCUGAAGCGGAGUACACCAGACAAAGUCGUCAGCGAUGCCAGGGCCUUCGCCGAGUCGCAUGGCAUGAGCGAGCACGCCGAGCUGUUCGGCCGGGCCGCCCUCGUUGCCCGCGACCCACACCGUUUGGACUCGAUCGCCAGCCUUGACGAACAGGAGCGCGCCGCGCUUGCCUACGAGAAGGACCACAAGUGGCAUGGACCCACGAUGCUCUGGUACUCCAUCGCCCUCUGUGCCAUCGGUGCGGCCACGCAGGGCUGGGACCAGACUGGUUCCAAUGGCGCCAACCUGUCGUUUCCGGAGGAGUUCAACAUUAAUGGCACGGGGAAGGACGAGUGGAUUGUGGGUCUUAUCAACGCCAUCAUCUUCUUGACUGCCGGUCUCAUUGGUGCUUUCAUUGUCGAUCCUCUGAACCACUACCUGGGCCGAAGAGGUGAAAUUUUCGUCACAGCCCUCUGUCUGACUGCCACUCCCAUCGGUUCCGCUUUCGCAAAGUCCUGGCAGGGUCUGUUCGCUGCGCGUUUCGUUCUGGGAAUUGGUAUUGGUGCAAAGAAUGCUACUGUACCCAUCUACUCUGCUGAGAUGGCUCCGGCUCGGAUUCGAGGUGCCCUUGUCAUGUUCUGGCAGCUUUGGGUUGUGAUAGGCAUCUUCCUCGGCUUCUGCGCCAACGUCAUCGUCAAGGACACCGGCAGAAUUGCCUGGCGUCUCCAGCUCGGCUCCGCCUUCAUCCCGUCCUUCAUUCUCGCCUGCGGAAUCUGGUUCUGCCCAGAGUCGCCCCGUUGGCUCAUGAAGCAUGGCCAUCACGCAAAGGGCUUUAGAUCGAUGAACCGCCUCCGAGCGCAUCCCAUCAUCGCCGCACGGGACUUCUACUACUCGUGGAUCAUCUAUGAGGAGGAACUCAAGGAGGCACGUGGCGCCGGCUACUUCUCUCGUCUCAAGGACUGCUUCACUGUGCCUCGCAUCAGGCGCGCAAACUAUGGUGCCUCGACCGUCAUGAUUGCUCAGCAGAUGUGUGGCAUCAACAUCAUCUCUUUCUACAGCUCGACCAUCUUCGAAAAUGUCGGCUACACGGCCACCCAGGCCCUGUACGCCUCUCUGGGCUACGGUGCCGUCCAGGUCGUGUUCACAAUCCCUACACUGUUCCUCAUCGACACCAAGGGCCGAAGGACCCUGACCUUGAUUGUAAGUCUCAAAGCCCCCAAAACACGCUUAUAUGAACUACACAGCUCACACGUCUUGUUUCCUUCUCUGCGCAGACAUUCCCACUCAUGUGUAUUUUCCUUUUGGCUGGCGGUCUCUCUCUCCUGAACAC